CUGGUUUCGCCUCGUCUUCAGUCUGAAAAACGCUGAUUGGGCGCUGUGGUGCGAGCUGUUUUGUUGAUAAAUAACGUUGAUGAAUAGAUUAUUUUUCGAGAGGAUCAUCGAUCCUUCCAGAUCUUGCAAACGGGUUCGGUCAGUUUGCGCUGAAUGUAAACGGAAAACAGUUUGGUUUACUGCGAUUGUGGAGUUCUAUACUGUCUGGAUACAAAAGUUGUUGAGUCUGUCAGUCUGCAUUGUAGAAAGGCCUCUCGAUGAUGCAAUAUGACAUUUUUCGCGUAUACUUCGAUGUAUCAAAUGUGCGCACCUACUUAGGCGUUUACGUUCGUAGUGUGUACAUGGGCAUGCACGUAGUUGACUUUGCCGAGGGUUGGAACUGUUUCAAGGAGCUGCAGUAAGACUGCUGUCAUCCGAACUUGAAAAGUAAGGAAGGAAGACGUCGAUGCCACACAGCAACAGUAAUGUGACUGAGGAAUGACUGGGUUUUUAAAUAUUUACACCACUUUUAUACUGCAGUUAAGAAGCAAGAGGGGAGGUGGGGAACCUAGACUCCAUAAAAUCCUGCAUGUGCUCUGCUCUGUAAACCAACUUUUUACAUCAAGUCACAUGCAGACCUGAUCAGGCUUACUUGAAACUGAAGUGGACAGAUUUACGCUGUUUUUUUGCUUGUUUUGUAGUUUAAUGGAAUUGCUAUGAGUCUCUCUCCACAUCAGAGAGGAACCAUAAACAGUGUAAGUAAGCAGAAUGUUGAAGCCAAUGAUCAAACAAUGCAACAUUCAGGGGAGCUGUUCUACAGUGUAGGAGCACCUUCCUUGGAGCAAACUCACAGCAGUCCUGGAUUAGUUGUGGAUUCUAUCCCUGAAGUCCAGGGCUCUGGUGUUUUCAAAUCUGAAAAAGGAUAUCAGGUCCAUGGACAUUUUCAGCAAUCCGGGUCAGUGAAGUGGAUGCAUCAGGAUCCAGUGCAGACCUCAACCUGGUUUCAGGGCCUCCCAAACGUGAACAAGUGGACACAGAACUUUGGCCCUUCUCCUAGUGGUGUGGAGGACCCAAGGGCCUUUAACAAGGCGAGUCUUGAGAUGGAUGCUAUAAAGACAGAAAAGCUUUCCCCAGGUUCCUCGCAGGUCUACCCAGAUAUUUCUCAAGGUCCCGGAGCAGACUGGGAUCAUCAUGCGAUGGCAGCCAUGCACCAUGCUCAAUGUCAGGCCCUCCAACAGGGUCACAGGCCUGCAGACCUGCAAUAUCAGCCUCAAGGCAUGCAUCCCAAUAUGCCAGAUUCCACUCUCCAACCCUUUCAGGUGGCAUUUGGACCUACCAAGCAACCCCAGGCACCUGACUUCCAUCAGGUUUUCCAAGGCAACAAUGCAUCUUUAAAUAUGAAUUAUAGUGAGCAGCCAAAAUCACAACAGCAACUCUUGCAGUUACAACAGCAGCAGCUGCAUCGCCAGCACCAGAUGCAACAGUUGCAGCAAAUGCGUCAGUUGCAGCAACAACAACAGCAUCAAAUGCAGCAGCAGCAGCAACGGCUGCAGCAAAUGCAACAGCAAUACCACCAGCAGCAGAAAAUGCAGACACAUCUACAACAGAUGCAGCAGCAACUACAGCAGCACACACAAGGUCUUCAACCAGAGCCUAUGCCGUCGCAAGGAAAGCAGCGAGUCAAACAAGAGACAGGUUCACAGCAUCUUGAUGGUGUUAAGGUGAAAACUGAAUCAAGCCCAUUAUCCCAUCAGAUUCAGCUCUCUUUCCCUCAGACUCAGCCACAGGAACCAGUCCCUCAGGGAUCAAAUUACCAGGACCCUAGUCCUGCAAAGACAUCUUCUGAACAGCAGGAGACCCAAACCAAACCUCGGGUCCUCCCUCGCCGCUCUCGUCGGCUCUCCAAAGAUGGUGUGUCUUCUCACGGCAACCAGGCCUCCAAGGACAAGGUUUCUACCCAAAAUGGAGGAGAUUGUGUACCCUUAGUGGGGGUCAUCCAAAGCACUCAGAGACGACGGAGGGCUUCAAAAGAGAUUAACCUUGAGACUCUUGCUCAAAAGGCUUCAGAGAUGGAAUUUUUGCCAGCAAAGCUUGAGGAGAAUAUGUCUGGAAGGCCACGGGGAAUGGUCCCUCUAGUCAUCCCAGUCUCAGUGCCAGUUCGGAGAUGUCAAGUCCAGAUGGAAGCCACUGAUAGCUGGACACAAGGUGUUCGGCAUCCCUCAGAAAUUCCUCAACAACAAAACCAGCCUGAAUGCAAACCCUCGGUUAUUGUAGCACGCCGGCACUCUUUAAAGAACUCAACAUCUGAGAGUUUCAGCCAGGUUAAGGGGCAAGAGGAAACGUCCCCUGAUAAAUUCAGGCGUCGCCCACGGCCUGAACCCCUGGUCAUACCACCUCUCAAACCAUGCACUUUCAUCGCCCCUUCUGUCUACUCCAGCAUCACCUCCUACCAAAGCAACUUGCGAUCUCCAGUGCGGAUGCCGGAGAAGGCAAGCAUUAUCCCCCCAUACACUCCUCCACCCAUUCUUUCACCUGUGCGUGAAGGCUCUGGGCUCUACUUUUCUGCUGUCCUCUCUUCUAUGGCAGCAGGCAGCCAGGUCCUGCCACCCCCACUGACACCUCGGACUGCCACACGAAGCUUGCUGCAUUCAAUCAGUUCUGAUAUCACUCCUCCCGCACUCCCACUGAUUGGAGAGGCAGCGCCUGUCAGCCUUGAACCUCGCAUCAACAUUGGAUUUCAGUACCAGGCAGAGAUUCCAGAUCUACAGGAUCAGUCAUUGGUCCUAAAAGACCAACAUAAAGCCACUUUAGUCUGGUUCCCUAUGUCAGAGACUGAUUCUACACCCAUCCAGAAUACAAGAGUUGAUGACCUGAUGACUCUAGCCUGCUCCAGUGUCCUAUGUGGAGGAGGAACCAAUACAGAGCUAGCAAUGCACUGCCUGCAUGAAUGCAGAGGUGAUGUCAUGGGGGCUCUAGAAAUUAUGUUUAUGAAGAACCCUAUUUUCUCCAGGAACCACCAUCUGGCCAACUACCACUAUGCAGGGUCAGAUUAUUGGACCAUGGAUGAAAAACGAUACUUCAACAAAGGAAUUUCUGCUUACAGGAAAGAUUUCUUCUUGGUACAAAAACUGGUGAGGAGUAAAACAGUGGCGCAAUGUGUGGAGUUUUACUACACCUAUAAGAAACAAAUGAAGGUUGGUCAUAAUGGCACUCUUAUAUAUGGACCUUUAGACUCAGAGGAGAGCAUUCCUGUGGUACAGAUCAAUGUGACACAAAAACAUGUGGAGAAAGGAAUUGAUAGUAGACCAGAAGUGGGAACACAUGCCAAUAAAGAUGCUACUGUCCAAGAUGUGACCAAGACACUUCAGGACAACCAGAAUAUGAGGCCAGACUUGACUCAUGAGGAGCAGAAAAAUGGCGCAGUGGAAGAGGGUUUUGGCCUGAGGCCAGUGGCUCAACCCUCCUUCAAAGCUCCUGCACCUCAGAAACCUCGCUCUGACAAUGCUGGGAAGAAAAACAGGCAACAAACCUCAACUGGCAACAAAAGUCAGGGAGAGCCAGAGGGUGUUUUCCCUUGCAAAAAGUGCAGUAGGGUGUUCUAUAAAGUGAAGAGCCGCAGUGCCCACAUGAAGAGCCACGCUGAGCAGGAGAAGAAGGCUGCUGCAUUGCGCCUAAAAGAAGAGGAGGAACUGGCAGCGGCUAAGGCAAGGCAGGAGGUACUAGAGGCAGCAAGGAGGAAGGAGGCACAGAGAGAAGAACAACAAGAAGAGAGUAGUGGAGCUGAGGAAAACUCAAUAGAGCCAGAGGAUGAGCACGAUGAGGACUGGCAUUGAGAAAGCAAUCUUUCUUUUUUGGUGCCAAAUCUCCUUUGAAACGUAUGCAUUCCUGCUACACUAAAGAGCAUGUUUGGGAUGUUUGUAAGAUAAAUAUAUAUGAAAUGCCUUAGCAUUUUUUUUUACCAAAAUGUUUCCAAUUGUAUUUUCAAAUAGUGAUGCAUGCCAAUUUGGCAUCAUGAAAGCCACACUUAUUAGCUAUUAAUAGGCAAAGGUGCUGUUAUUCAGUCUAUUUGAAAUGUGUUUAAAACUGAAAAAAUAUUUUUAAAAUACUUUUUAAAGGGGCUUUAAAGGAACAGCUUUCUAAAACAUCAAUUGAAAUUAUAUUUCUCACUUGCCUCCAAGAUUUACCUUUACUUUUACCAGCAAACGUAAACUGUUUGUUGAGCUGAUUGUUGUGUUAAGCUUUUCUAGAAAUGUACAGGUUGUUUCAGAUUCAGCCUUCCAGUGUGAUUUUGAUCAAAGUUCAAGAAUUGAUUUUGUAUGCCUUUUUGUAUGACCAGUAAGAUCUCGUUUUUUAUUUUGUAUUUUUAUUAUUACAUACAUUUAUGUAAUAUAUAAUGAAUAUGUAAUCAAGAACACAAACCAAAAAAAAUGUCAUAUAUCUAUGGAUAAUUUCAAUGUAAUAUUUUUUUGUGCAUGUAAUGUGUAUAUAGUGCAGAAAAAUAUAUAUGUUGACUCUGUGUAUAUUCUAUUCUGUACAACACUGCCCUAAUGCGUGUGCUAGAUUUUCAGUACUCUAAAUUGAAAAGAAUGUGUAUUUAUGUUGUGAAUGUACUUAAAGUAGAGUGGAAUAUGGGGAUUGGGAUUUUUAUAAAUCUAUGUAAAUAAAAGUUUAGUAAAUCACAAUAAACCAAUUCUUUUCCACAUAUUAAUCAAUUUAUUAUAAUUUUUUUUGAGUUUUGGUUUGCUUUAUUUUUUUUUUUUUUUACAGGCAUUGCAUAAAAUGUAUGCCCAAUAAAAAUAA